ACGUGCAUGAUUCUCGAUCGUUCUGUUUUGUUUGUUUACAUUUUCUUCGUUAGUUCUUCAAUCAGAAGAUGAAACAGUAACAACAAGAAGGAAAUUGAUUAACUAACUGUCCUAACUCCAGCUGAUGCAGUGUUCAUUGUAUCAUCACAAGUCCACGCUUGAGACACUCACUAAAAACUAACCAGUUCGACACAAUUUGGCGAGCCAUCAUGGCAGAGGAUCAGCUUGAAGCUCGUCAAGCUACAAUCGACAACCUGUCUGCGUUCAUUGAGACAAGCCAGAGUCAACUGGAUUGCUUUCUUGGGGAGCUCAACUGGAACAGAGAGGAGCUUCUUAAUGAGAAGAGGAUGAAGGUUUGUCCAGUCAAUUCACACCACGUCGUCCCUGAGUCUUCGCUGAAGAAACACACUGAGGAGUGUGAGCUGGUUGCCGAGGGGUACACCAGAGAGGAACAGAAAGAGAUUCAAAGCACACACUUCUUCUACUCCCAAUCAAACUGUGUGGUGCCUGUGUUGAUAGAUAAUAACACGCAGAAAGAGAUACUGUCCAAAGUCCCAGGAAGCUUUGCAGACAAGAAGGUACCCCGUACCGUGGAGCGUAUGGAUAAGACAUUUACUUCAGCGGAGAGGCUAGCGAUUUAUGAUACGAUCAUCGAGAAGUCCAAAGCUACAAAUAGACAGAGCGCUAUCUCCCUACAGGAACUGGAACUGGAUCCUGAUAGUCUGCUGAAGAGAGAUCAAAUUCAAGUAAAGAAGAGUAAACUGGAGGUUCUGGCUGAGUUAAGGGACUACAAACGACGUCGUCAGAGUUACCGUGCCAAGAAUGUUCACAUCACUAGGCGUUCUCAAACAGAGAUCAUGAGAGACGUGAUUGAGAAUCAGAUGACUGAGAUACGACAGGCGAUACAAGGUGAUGACGAAAGCUCAGUCCAAACCUCUGAGAGAGCUGAUCCCUCACCAAUUCAAACCCUGUCCAGAUCACGAGAGGUCAGCCCUAGUCCUGACCACCCCAGAUCAAGAGAACACAGCAGACAACGGGAAGAAUCCCUCGGACAUCGGAAUUCACGACGAGGAAGCUUAGACGAGGAUUCAUAUAGCCGCAGGUCAAGGAGGAGUCCAAGACGUUCUCACUCGGGAAGAAAGGACGAUCGGAGAGAUCGCCGAAGAGAUUCACAUCAUAGUGAAGUCACUGAGAAGCCACACAUCAAAGUCGAGAAGGACCUGACUAGGUCACAUGAAGCUGGCGAUAGUCCUGAGCAUUCUCAGUCUAAACGAGUGAAGGAGAGGGACAUAGAGGAUAGCUCUGCUCCUAGCCCAGAGAUCCGCAUCAAAGUGGAGAAAGAUGAAGAGCCUCGAUCUGGGAACUCCAGUCGAAGUUCAUCCACGUCGAGAAAAGAACACAAACACAAACAUUCAAAGCAUAAGCAUCACCAUAAGCACAAGCAUCAUAGGUAGAGAGAUACAUUUAGGCAAGUGUGCCAUCACAUCAAAACUCAAGGCUGGAUUUUGUAAGAAGAAUUUGUAAAUAUGAUUUUGUCAAAGUUUGGAAACUCCCUACAAUAGUAUUAUGUAAACCAAAUAUGGUGUCUCAAAAAAUGGCUCAAUUCCUAAAUCAGGUGUUAAAAAGGUUACAAAAAAAGACAGACAAAAUGCGGACAGCUAUAUGGCUUGACAACCAAUGUUUUGCCGAUUGUACCCUCCAAAAACCCAUACAGUAUGCUUUGCGUCUAUACCAGGCCGACUCUUGUAGUGUUGUUGUCCUUAAUUUAUGCAGUAGAUUAAGUUAAACAAAAAAAAACUUUACGUUUGAUGGUUGCCACAACUGGGCCUUUUCUCAUUACCGGUACCAAGUAAGUUUUUGUACUAAUAACUAUUUUGAGUAGUUACCAACAGUUAACAUUCUCAGUCGCUUACUGAAUACAAAACCCCAAAUGGGAUUAGUUGCAGGUGCAUGGAGGCUAGAAAAGAGACAAAAACAAAUUAGUGGUGACCCCACCCCCUCCUAUCAGUCCUAAAUUCAUUACAGGCUUUUUUACUGAUUUAGUUUACUGGUCCAUCCCAUUUUAAAGGCAUUGGACACGUUCAGUAAUUGUCAAAUAUCAGUUGUAUCACACAUGGUUUAUCCUAGCAUUACAUGCAUAAAAUAACAAGUCUGUGGAAAUGUGGACUCAAUUGGUCAUCAAGUUAAAAGAGAAUAACGGGGGAAAAAAACGGUUAUACAAUUUUGUGUGCGUUUAGGCCUAGUGUCUUUAAAUUAUUUCUCGAGUAAGAAAAAUAGAUCCAUUUCUGACAACUUGGUAUCUUUAUCUCAUGUCAGACGAACAUGACACUGUACUCUGCUUAUAACACAAGUUGGUAAAGUUUUAUUAAAACAAGGUUUUAUCCAGAUAUUGUUUACAAUGAAUGCAGUAACGCGCAUUUUAGCCAGUUUGCUAACAUUUAUGUCUGGAAAGACUCGGGAAUGAUAUUUGUCCUACUUAAAGGCAGUGGACACUAUUGGUAAUUACUCAAAAUAAUUUUUAGCAUAAAACCUUACUUGGU